CUUCGUUGUGGAGCAGCUUCUGCGCGCGCCGCCCGGGAGGGGGAGCACGUGACGCGCGCGUUGCUGCAGCGGGAAGCAUGGCGGCUCGUGUACGGUGCCACAGCAGAGCUGCGUUGGACAGUGCCGAUCGCUAAUUCCGAUCGUUCAUAACUCGACCGCGGUAAGUGCGUGUGUGACGUGAAAGUAUGCGCAGUUUGCGCGCGCUCCCCACACCUCCUCCCCUUGCGUUUCCGAGCUCGCGCACCAGUAAACAACGCCAAGGCUGUGAAGCCGUAAGUAACAAGUAAAACUGUUUGCGUGGUGCAACAGGUAUGUACUACAUUCGCGCAGCUUCCUGUUUUAUCGCUACUUAGACAGACACGUGGCACCAGAUCACCUGUAAAGUUUCAACUCAAACUUUGCGUCUGCGCACUCCGCACGGUGACGUCACCCGUACGUACACCUGGAGGCCCGCGAUUGUGGAUCAGGCAGUGACGCUCUGCCCCCCUGUGAUGAAGUCCUCUCGGAGUGGCCUGAUUGCAGGGCCAGCUGGCAGUAAGGUGAAAUACUCCAAGGUGGCCAGCAGUGAGGAUGGCUACAUUGACCUGCAGUUCAAGAGGAGCCCACCCAAAGUGCCCUAUAAGGCUAUUGCUCUGGCCACUUUCCUUUUUGUCGUUGGUUCCCUUCUCAUUAUAAUCGGAGCCCUUCUCCUCGCUGGUUACAUUGAAGUCACACAUCCAGAUCGCACCAUUCCCGUUCUGAUCAUUGGUGUCCUGGUCUUCCUGCCCGGAUUCUACCACCUGCGCAUUGCUUACUAUGCCUCCAAGGGUUACCGUGGUUACUCCUAUGAAGACAUCCCCGACUUUGAUGACUGAGCCAAUUGCAGGCCUUGCUGCUACUCUUCUAGCCAAUCACAAAGUCACUUGUCAGGUUUCUGACGCGUCCUCCUGCUGGAUGCACCGAGAUGCCUUCAGAUCCGACAUCCCAUUUCCCAAAGCUCCUUGUCUUUCAGGGUCAGUUCCUGACCCAAGGAAGUGGGUGCAACUUCAGACAAGGAUAUAAAAAUCUUAUCCCUUUUCUAAAAAGCCUAUGUGUGUUAUAGUCUCGUGUUUACCGCGUUUGUGACUUUUUUUUUAAAUUACGUGUCGGUUUUCAAAAGGUAUUUAUGAAAGUCAAUUUAAAAAAUAUUUACUGCUGAACACUGGUUUGCAAAAAUUGGUUUGACAAAAAAAAAAAAAAUUACUUUAUGUGUAUUAGAGCAGGGCAGUACCAGCCAUAUGGUCAUACCAGCAUGGGUGAUGGUGCAAUGAAAGUCUAUUUUUAACCAUUCUUUAUCAAAAAGGGAUUUAUGUGUUCAAAUUUAUAAUAAUACCUAGAACUAUCAUAAAACUGUAAAACUGUAGAACUUAUAUUUACAUAUUUAUAUUUACUAAAGUUAAAUUGGACAUUUGAAAAACAGUCCAGGAAUAUGCCUCAGUACAACAAAAUAUAUAUUUAU